AUGGGAACUGUUAGUAACAUUGGUUUCUCUUCAUUAUUCAGAAUUUCUUUGAACACAGACCUACUUUCAAAACAAAGAAAAUACAAAUCGCCAUGCAGUUUUAUAGUUCCUCUGAACUACUCUGUUAAGGUGAACAAAAUCUGUUCUAAACUAUCAGAAAGUGGGAUUGAAGUAUCUAAAUCUAAGGAUAUGAUGGAAGAAUACAAUAUAGCUAUGAAGAGCAUGAUGAGGAAUCCUUAUGAGUAUCAUCAUGAUCUAGGUAUGAAUUAUACAGUUAUAACUGACAAUUUGAUUGUGGGGUCCCAACCACAGAAACCGGAAGAUGUAGAUCAUCUUAAGAAUGAAGAAGGUGUGGCAUACAUUCUAAACUUGCAACAGGAUAAAGAUGCUGAGUUUUGGGGAAUAGACUUGCAGUCAAUUAUAAAAAGGUGUCGCGAAAUUGAAAUUCGGCACAUGAGGAGACCGGCAGUAGACUUUGAUCCAAACUCUUUGCGAAGUGCACUACCGAAAGCAGUUUCAUCUUUGGAAUGGGCGAUUUCUGAGGGAAAAGGAAAAGUUUAUGUGCAUUGUACUGCAGGACUUGGAAGAGCUCCAGCAGUAGCAAUAUCUUAUUUGUUUUGGUUUUGUGACAUGAAUCUAAAUGAAGCAUAUGAUAUGCUAACUUCAAAGAGACCUUGCGGACCGAAUAAAAAAGCGAUACGUGGAGCUACUUAUGAUCUGGCUAAGAAUGAUCCGUGGAAGGAGCCGUUUGAGAGUCUUUCAGACCAUGCUUUUGGGGAUAUAGCAGACUGGGAGAGGAACCUGAUUCAAAAUGGUGUCCGUGCUCUUCGUGGAACUUGA